AUGGCCUAUCGAUCAAGAGAGCAGGAAACACCAAAGCCGGCCUUGAGUGCUGCUGACCGCUCUGCGAGAUCAGUGUUUGUUGGUAACAUCUCGUAUGAAGUUGGUGAAGAACAGCUAAAACAAGUAUUUUCUCAAGUUGGUCCAGUAGUUCAUUUAAGGUUGGUACAUGACAGGGAAACUGGUAAACCGAAAGGUUAUGGGUUUUGCGAGUAUAACGAUCCACAAACGGCUGAGAGUGCCAUAAGAAAUUUGAAUGGAUAUGAGCUUAACGGUCGUCAGUUACGCGUUGACUCUGCAGCUGGUGGUGAACGCAGCGCUGAUGAGGUUCAGCAAUUGCAGGCGGCUUUUGCUGCGCAACAGCAAGAAGUAACGAAGGCCCAGGAAAGUCCAUAUGGACCAGAAGUGGAACCUGACAAGGCGCCUGAAGCUAUAUCGAGGUCUGUAGCGUCACUGCCUCCUGAGCAAAUGUUUGAGUUAAUGAAACAGAUGAAGCAAUGUGUCCACAAUAACCCGAAUGAGGCCAGAAGCCUUCUUAUGAGCAACCCACAACUUGCUUUUGCUUUAUUACAGGCACAAGUGGUUAUGCGGAUCGUUGAUCCUCAAGUAGCUAUUGCAAUGUUACACAGAGAUGCUCCGUCAACGAACCAACCUUUCCAUCAGCAAGUUGCUGCACAGUUUCCUUCUGGUUUGUCGCUUUUUCAACGCUAUUAUGUCGCAGCUUCAUUGCCUAUCGUUCCUCCUAUUUACAAUGGUCCUGUUCGGCCGAUGAUGCCAGCUCCCGUCCAAGCUGCGGUGGUUGGAAAUUAUCCAAGACCAGCUGCGGUUGCCACAGCUCCUGUGCGGCCUGUUUCUCAACCAGCGGAACCUGAAUUAAGUGCUGAUGAUCAGCAGCAAGCUCAACUUUUGAUGCAGGUCUUGCAGUUGAGUGAAGAACAGAUAGCUUUAUUGCCUCCCGAAGAUAGAAGAAAAGUUAUUGAAUUACGUAACCAACUGAGAUCAAGUGUUUGA